AUGCGAGCUCUCUGUGUCAAGAAAGUUGGUUGCUUUCUUUCGAAACAAUCUUUCAAUUCUUCGAUUCGUUCUCGUCAAUUUGUUCGUUUUUUUGGAAAUGCGGUAUCGAAUUACGGAACCCAUCGUCGAGGUUUCUUCUCUCCGGAAGAAACUCUUAUUCUUCAACGUUUAUCUGAAGGAGGUCUCGUACAUGCACGCCACUUGCUCGACAGAAUUCCUCAGAGAGGAAGUAAUAGCCGUGUCAUUUACUGGACUUCGCUUCUUACGAAAUAUGCUAAAGCUGGAUACUUGGACGAAGCAAGGGCUUUGUUUGAAGUUAUGCCGGAGAGGAAUAUCGUCACUUGCAAUGCGAUGUUGACGGGUUAUGUUAAAUGCAGGAGACUAAACGAGGCUUGGAUUUUGUUCCGGGAAAUGCCGAAGAAUGUUGUUUCGUGGACUGUGAUGCUUACUGCGCUUUGUGAAGAUGGAAGAAGUGAAGAUGCAGUCGAGCUGUUCGAUGAAAUGCCUGAGAGAAACGUGGUUUCGUGGAACACGUUGGUCACGGGUUUGAUUAAGAAUGAGGAUAUGGAGAAGGCGAAACAGGUGUUUGAUGCUAUGCCUAGCCGAGAUAUUGUGUCGUGGAAUGCUAUGAUUAAAGGGUAUAUUGAGAAUGAUGGAAUGGACGAAGCAAAACUCUUGUUUGAGAAUAUGAGUGAGAAAAAUGUAGUUACUUGGACGAGCAUGGUGUAUGGCUAUUGCCGAUAUGGAGAUGUUCAGGAAGCUUACAGAUUGUUCUGCGAAAUGCCAGAGAGAAAUGUUGUUUCUUGGACCGCUAUGAUUAGUGGGUUUGCUUGGAAUGAGUUCUAUAGAGAAGCGUUGUUGCUUUUUCUUGAAAUGAAGAAGGAUUUUGAUGCGAUAUCACCGAAUGGAGAGACUCUUAUCUCUCUUGCUUAUGCUUGUGGUGGUCUUGGUGUUGGAUUUCGCCGUCUUGGCGAGCAAUUGCACGCACAAGUUAUAUUUAACGGUUGGGAAAGCAUGGAUCACGAUGGAAGGUUGGCGAAAAGUCUUGUUCAUAUGUAUGCAUCAUCUGGUUUGAUUGCUUCAGCGCAUUCUGUGCUCAAUGAAAGCUUCGAUUUGCAGUCUUGUAACAUCUUGAUCAACGGUUAUUUAAGAAGUGGGGAUUUGGAAGGAGCUCAAACUCUGUUCAAGAAAGUCGAGAGCUUACACGACAAAGUAUCUUGGACAUCGAUGAUCACUGGGUAUCUAGACGUGGGUGAUGUGUCGAGAGCCUUUGAUCUGUUUCAUAAACUUCACGAUAAGGACGGGGUUGCAUGGACGGUUAUGAUCUCGGGUCUUGUCCGAAACGAACUUUUUGCUGAAGCUGCGUCUCUAUUGUCAGAUAUGGUGAGACAUGGUCUGAAACCGUUGAACUCGACUUACUCUGUUCUUCUUAGUUCCGCGGGUGCUACUUCGAAUCUCGAUCAAGGGAAGCAUUUACACUGCGUGAUCGCAAAGACAACGGCUUGCUAUGAUCCUGAUCUCGUCCUUCAAAACUCCCUUGUCUCAAUGUACGCAAAAUGCGGAGCCAUAGACGAUGCUUAUGAGAUUUUUUCAAAGAUGGUUCUGAAAGAUACAGUUUCAUGGAACUCCAUUAUCAUGGGGUUAUCGCAUCACGGCUUAGCGGAUAAAUCCUUAGAACUCUUCGAGGAGAUGCUUGAUUCGGGGCUGAAACCAAACUCUGUAACAUUUCUCGCACUCCUCUCAGCUUGUAGCCACUCUGGACUCAUCACCAAAGGUUUAGAACUAUUCAAAGCAAUGAAGGAAACAUAUUCAAUCCAACCCGGGAUCGAGCAUUACAUCUCAAUGAUAGACCUUUUAGGCCGAGCCGGGAAACUAAGAGAAGCAGAAGAAUUCAUCUCAACUCUGCCUUUUACACCAGACCACACGGUCUACGGCGCAUUGCUAGGCUUAUGCGGGCUAAACUGGAGAGAUAAAGAUGCGGGAGGCGUAGCGGAAAGGGCUGCGACGCGGUUGCUAGAGCUAGACCCGGUUAAUGCACCAGGACACGUGGCGCUAUGCAACGUUUAUGCGGGUUUAGGGAGGCAUGAAAUGGAGAAAGAGAUGAGGAAAGAGAUGGGGUUAAAAGGUGUGAAGAAGAAACCAGGAUGUAGUUGGAUUGUAGUUAAUGGAAGAACAAAUGUGUUUCUCUCUGGUGAUAAAUCUGCUUUUGAAGUUGCUCACAUGAUUUUGCCAAUGUUUUGUGGUAAUGUUAAUGGAAUGCUUGAGGAACAAGAAGAAGAGAAACAUUUGACUCUUUAG